AUGUCCGAAGUCAAUGGGCACAAUUUCCCUUCCAACGUCGAAUGGUUUGCGGAGGGAACGAAAAUGAUUCUCUUUAACGGCGAGACCAUCAAGGUAGAAGAAUUGAUACCCGGUAGUCAGUUACUAUGGGCAGACGGCAGCUAUCGUUUCAUUGAUGAUGUCUUUCGUGCGAACGACAAUCUGUAUCAUUUGACCCAGUAUACGAAACAUCGGGCACACAAGCUUGAUCCUAGUCGGCCCGAACCUUUUGGUGUUUUUAGGAUGGUGUGUUUCGAGAGAGCUGUCUUGUCAUUACAAACCGGCAUUCAUGCUCGUGUGUCUUACGAUAAGAGAAGAGACGUCAAACUUUUGAGAUUCUCCAAACUUCGUGACCACUUGACCGACAAUGGUAGGGUUAUCAAAAUGUUGAAAUGGACCGAAGAAUCUUUUCCGGUCGAUACUCCCAAUUCAGUACUAGUGGAUUUAGUUAAAAAAUUUCGAGAAGCAACUGGGAAGAAGUUCGUUGAAUGGGAAUGUGAAAUUGGUGACCUAAAAUAUCUCAUCAAUGAUAUACGCGCGUCCACAAGAUUGCUACUGUAUCCGAUACCGUUUGAAAUACCAACAUUGAAACCAUGGCUACAAAGAACGUUUGAAAGAGAGGUUUCUGAUCGCGAAUUGGAAGCUAUGUCGUGGAUGCUGGGAUUUUGGAUAGGUGAUGGUUGUAGAGCAGGAGCGUUGUUCGCCUUAAACAUGGAAGAUAAUGAUGUCAAUGGAAUGCUAGAGGAGAAUGCGAAAAUCUGGGGUAUGUCGUAUGAGAAGAGGAAAUACGCCAAUAGCGGCCUCAGCGCAUUUGCAGCCUUGCAUACACCAAAGGCAGAUGGCAAGGGACGUAAUUGGAAUGUUAAGAACCCGUUCGUGGCCGUCUUGAGAGGCUUGAAAUUUUACAAAAACGGUUUGCUCAACGGUCCCAAGAAUAUUCCAGAAUUUAUGCGGGUAGACCAACUUCUAGUACGUAAAUGUUUUAUGGCUGGACUCAUUGAUUCAGACGGAUAUUCAUCAGUGGCUGAUGAUUUUUUGAGCGCGAAGGUCUCUUCCGUUUAUCCUCCAAUACGGGAUGGAAUCCUCUUCAUUUGCCGCUCGCUUGGUUUAAACGUUUCUGUUUCGUUCUGUCCGGCGCAUAGAGAUGAAAAGCGGGGUAUCAAUGAAGCUGAUAUUUGGAACUUCUUAAUAACCAGCGGCACAAAUCGUGGCAUUCUUCUCUCUAUCUUGCAACGGUGCUCUCAUGGAAGAAAAAAAGAUCCGCCAAUAUUCCAUUAUAACAAAACCCCCAGCAACGAGGCCGACGCAUAUGCGCGGCGACCCAAACGUUAUUUGAACUUGUCCGAACCCAUUUCCAAUUUGGAAAAUGAAUCUAUCUCCGAUAAAAGUAUGACUGGUUCGACCGCUGUUGACGAUGUUUCCUUCUCAGAGUGCGAGAACGAGUUUGACUCGAAUACGGAAAUUGAACAAGAGCAGACAGUUUCCGAAACCGGUUUUGGUUGUUUUGACCUAGCAAUAGAUCUGGAAGAAAUUCAAUUGGAAACGGACCUGACCGAAACCGAUCCUGACAUUGUUGAACUGGAUCUAGGUUUAGACGCAGACAUAUCAAAAACCUUUGACGAGCCUUAUUUUGAAAACGAUGGUGACAGAGACUAUGCCUCUUUCAAUAAUUCGCGCCAAUUUUUCAAGACAGCUCCCAUGAAUCAAAAAGGUACUAUAUACGGAAUUCAGCUUAAAGAGCGUGGAAUUUUGACAGAGUCUCAAAUAGUCUAUGAACCCCCAUAUUCGGUGGGUGACGAAAGAGUACCUUACGAACAGGUGUGUUUGUCCUGUUCCACAAAGGACGAAACUCGUUGGACAACAGUCCCAUGGCAAUAUAAUGUCAAAGACAGAUUGUGUCGGAGUUGUUAUGACUCGUAUGUUCGGACCAAUACAAGGUGUUCAAACACCGCUUGUAACAAAGUAUAUCACCUUUACCAGCUCGGAAAAAAGGCCAUGAAAGGACAACCUAGGCUAAAAAUCAACGUAGAGAAUGGUAGUGCAAAACAUCGAUACCUGUGCAAUCUGUGCGGUAGCGUUACGGUGACUGACGGCGCACCCGAAGACGCCAAAGUAAGGAAAGAAGCAACCGUAGAAAGCUGUUGCGUGGUCUGUGGGCCCAAAUCAACAGGCAGAUGGCGCAAGUUUCCUUGGGAUAAAGACAAGAUGUGGUGCGGUGCAUGUUCGCAAAGAUUUCUAAGAACUAGAAUCAUCUGUGCGGACACGAAUUGUCGCAAAAUACCUUCCCCCUCAGAAUUUGCGAAAAUGAAGAGUUUACCUGGUAAGCCCGAAACCUUCAACUGCCUAAAAUGCAAACAACCAGUGACAAGAGAUCUCUCAAAAGCACUUUUCGUGCCCGCAAAAUCUGAAAUGCGUACCGAGACUUGCAUUUCGUGCGGACCCAUUGCUGCAAAAAGAUGGUGUUCACUUCCUUGGGACAAGAAAAGCUCUAAACUCAUUUGCGACAACUGUAAACGGCAUUAUAACGACCACGGUCACCGUUGCUUGAAUGAUUCUUGCAACAAGAUAUUCUCAUACGUUCAAUUGAAGAAGAUGGAAAUCAAAAAGCGUUCGAAACCAGAUAACUCUGAAGAAUCCUGCUACGUAUGUCCCCACUGUGGGCAAGAUACCGAGUGGCGUCCAUAA